GUUGCUCUUGAAUCCACCGGUAGAGGAGUUUGUUAGAAUAACAUUUGUGCAUAUUUUCGAUAACGACAGUCAAAUCUAUCGAAAUAAUAGAAAAUGGUAGCCGAAAAGUAUGAUAAAGCCGUACCUGAGCUAAAGGAAGAAUUGAAAAGGAUUGCUGAGCAGAUUGUAGCUCCUGGAAAAGGAAUUCUUGCUGCUGACGAAUCUACGACCACGAUUGGUAAACGUCUAAAAGACAUUAACGUAGAGAACAAUGAGGAUAACCGAAGAGCAUACAGACAAUUACUUUUUACUGCGGCAAAGGACGUCAUUGGACAACAUAUCUCUGGUGUGAUUCUAUUUCAUGAGACUCUAUACCAGAAAGCUAAUGAUGGUACACCAUUCGUCGAGCUUUUGAAACAACGUAACAUUAUUCCUGGUAUCAAGGUUGAUAAGGGUGUCGUGCCACUAUUUGGUACAAACGAUGAAUGUACGACUCAGGGACUGGAUGAUCUUCAAGCACGUUGCAUUCAAUACAAAAAGGAUGGCUGCCAUUUCGCCAAGUGGAGAUGCGUUCUUAAAAUUACAAAGGAUACGCCAAGCAAGCUUGCCAUCUUAGAAAACGCGAAUGUUCUCGCUCGUUACGCUUCGAUUUGUCAGAGCGCAAGAAUCGUACCGAUUGUUGAGCCCGAAAUACUUCCUGAUGGUGAUCACGAUCUUGCCCGUUGUCAACAAGUUACAGAAGAGGUUCUUUCUGCUGUUUACAAGGCAUUGGCCGAUCAUCAUGUCUAUCUCGAGGGAACUCUCUUGAAACCAAACAUGGUAACAGCGGGUCAAAGUUGUCCGAAGAAGGCAACACCUCAAGAAAUUGCAGCAGCAACUGUAACUGCGUUGUUGCGUACAGUUCCACCUGCAGUACCUGGAAUCACCUUCUUGAGCGGUGGACAAUCCGAAGAAGAGGCCUCAGUGAACUUGGACGCUAUCAACAAGUUCCCGGCUAAGAAACCUUGGGCAUUGACCUUUAGCUAUGGUCGUGCCCUUCAGGCCUCCGUUCUCCGUGCUUGGGCUGGUAAAAAUGAUCAAGUAACAGCGGGACAGGAAGAACUUAUCAAGAGGGCUAAGGCCAACAGCGAAUCAGCACUUGGUAAAUACGCGGGAGGCGUCACAGGAGCUGCCGGCGAUGCUGCACUUUUCGUAGCGAAUCACGCAUAUUAAAGAAAUCUUCAGUAUAAUAAUAUUUUAGACAUUCAGUUCAUCCAAUCGUCAAAUACGAUCAUCGUCGAUUCAUUAUUUCCAACGAAUAAUGGUGGACAAUACAAUAAUAAGAAUAAAGUGGAAUAAAUUGGACAAAUUAAUUAAUCAUCAUCAAGAAGGGAUCAUCGUCGAUGAUCGUUACGACUUUUAUCGAUAUUUUUCACGACUUUCGUUUGACUUUCGGCUUUAUAAAUAUUUCAUACAAGUAAUCUGAUAUAAUCUUCUAUAUUUAGUUAUUUUAGAUUUUCAAGAUGUGUCAAAUGUAAUUGCGCACAAUAAUGAUGUAGGAAAGUAACGUUGAAAAGAUUAUUAAGAAAACAAGAGAAAAUGAACAAGUGACAAUUUAUGUAAAAAAAAAAUGAAGUCAUUCGACGAAUUCGACGAUGACGCGAGUUACACGCACGUUAUAACACGUUAUAUUCUGUAGCAUAUAUAACAAAUAAAAGAAAAGAAAGAAAAAAAUAACAAAGAAAAAGCCAGAAGAAAUAAAUAUAUAGAUAUAUAUUACUGUUAGUGUUGUUAAAGCUCUAUGUGUUUAAAAAGAAUUAUAAUAUA